AACGGUUCGAAUUGGUCGUCUUGCUUAAUGUCCAGAUUUCCAAAAUUCAUUCGAUCUUAAGCCCGGUUACCGGAAUCUUCGUGAUUCUAGUUACCGGAUUACACGUUCACCAUCACCUGAAAAUCCAGAAACACUGCAACCUAGAUCUAGAGGAACCAACGAUGGUGCUGGUGGCCGCCGUACGGGAUUACAUCAACCGGAUGUUGCAGGAUAUCUCCGGCAUGAAAGUUCUCAUUCUCGAUUCUCAAACGGAGUUCUAUGCUGAUUUUAUUGCAAUUAAUGCACUUCAUUUCACUUUAAAUAUGUCCUCAAAUCACCAAUAUAUGCUCCCAGCAGUUGUAGAUCCUUCAAGUUUACAGCACUACUGUGACCGGGUUGUUGAUGUUAUGGCUGCAGUUUUCUUGGCAUUAAAACAAAAACCUCUCAUUAGAUAUUCAGGGACCUCUGAUAUUACAAAAGGGAUUGCACAUGAAACAUAUAAGCUGUGGUCUUUUGAUUUCAGAAGAAUGGAAAUGUCUCCAUUAUUGCUUAUAGUUGAUAGAAGGGAUGAUCCUGUGACUCCAUUGCUUAAUCAAUGGACCUAUCAGGCAAUGGUUCAUGAAUUGUUAGACAUUCAAGAUUUGACUUGAGAAACAUUGGCAAAGUCCCCAAGAUCAGCAGGAAGUUGUGCUGUCAUCAUUACAAGAUGAUUUCUUCAAAGCUAACGUGCAUGAGAAUUUUGGAGAUAUUGGAAUGAAUAUCAAAACAAUGGUGGAUGACUUUCAGCAAGUUGCAAAAAGCAAUCAAAAUAUUCAAACAAUAGAAGACAUGGCCAAAUUUGUAGAUAACUAUCCUGUGUUCAGAAAAAUGCAAGGCAAUGUUUCAAAACAUGUUACAUUGGCCACAGAAAUGAGCAACAUAGUGGAAGAGAGAAAGCUUAUGUUGGUUUCACAAAGAGAGCAGGAGUUAGCCUGUGAUGAUGGGCAAGCAGCAGCUUUUGAGGUGGCAUACAGUUUCUUUUUCUUUUUGUAGUUUUAUACAUGUUGGCUUCAUGGAGUUACGAGUUCACAGUUAUGUAUUAGUUGCUAAAUUACAGUUUCCUGGCUGUUUGGAGACAUGGAUGACUAAAAUGUGCAUUUUUUAUAUACUUUUACAGUUAAUGAAUGCAUGAUAGUCAUAGAUGAACCAAGAGGUUAACCAGUCUAGCUGUGGAGGGAUCUUUACUUUAGCAAUGAACAAAGGAGAGCCCUGUUCAAUUGAUGCAGCUGUUCAACAAACUGGCUUCUCAGUCUGCCAAGUACAAACCUGGAGUAAAAUAACCAUCAAAGAUCAGAUAAUCUCUCUCUUUUUUAUUUUUCUCAUUUUCCUUUAUUAGCUUUGUGUUUACAAAUAGGCAUGUGUGUUGCUGAUUAUGUUUAUGAGUGAUUAUCCACAAUCUAAAUUUAUUGCUUUGGUUGUCAAAAAACGGUGUAUAUGUAUGCUGCACAGAUCAUUCUUUAUAUUACUUACCUGAUUGGAGGCUUUUCUGAUUCAUAAAACAUUUAUAUAGUCUUUGGAUUCAAAGGAUGUCUCGUUUUGCUAAAACAGGCUAUAGAUUUACAUACACUGGAUGCUUGAAUCUUUCAACAAUUAUUUUAAGUGAUACUCUUUUUUAAGUUGAGGUUGGAUGAGUAACAUACUGGUUAGUUUUGUUGGCAAUCGUGGAAACAGCUGAUGCAAUUCCUCCUGAAGCAAGCUGGUGUCGACAAACAAACUGGUGAUCUCUAUGGAAAUUGUGAUCUUCUGAAUAUUGCUUGGAACAUUGCUUGUGGGUGAAGGGGGUUGAGAAUGUCUACACUCAACAGCAGCCUCUUCUUUUUCCAAACCAUGGAGAGCAUAACCAAGGGGCGCUUGCGAGAUGUUGGAAAUCACUUCCAGCAGGGCAGUUACUUUGAUGCUCCUUAUCAUGUUUCUUCAAUGCUUUAUGAGAUGCCACUUGCUUGCUAAACUGGUAUGGUUUGUCUUUUGCUGUUAGCAUUUUGGAAACUCAAUGCUGGAAAAUUCCAGUAGUACCUGGAUAAUGAUAGAAUAGCCACAGGAGGUAGUUAUAUUCAUUGUUGGUGGGACAACCUAUGAGGAGUCACGCUCUGUUGCCCUACAAAAUGCCAGCAAUAGUGGAAUUCGUUUUAUCCUUGGUGGGUCUAUGGUUCUUAACUCUAAAAGGUUUUUGAAUGACCUUGAGGGAGCCCAGAGGAUAGCUCGAUCCAGCACCAACAUAUAAUGUAAAGUUUAAAUCAUGUCAAAUGCUGUGUUCCACGGAAUUGCUAGUCGCUCCAUAGAGGCAUUCUAGUUUGGUGAUCUGCAAUGGGGCAAUACUUUAUCCAAAAUUGCAAGAACUGGUUAAUUAGGGGUCCAUCAAAAUCAGCUCCUGUCACUGCAUAAGAUGGGUUGACUGUCCCCAAAUCUCGUAUAUAAGUAAAAAAUGCCAGUUUUCAUCCCCACUAUUCCUGUAUUGUAUUAACCUUUUUUUUUUUUUUAACUUGCAAGGGCAAGGUAAGGAUGCAAUUUUGUAUACAGAUAUUCCGUCAUCUUUAUACCUUGUCGAUGUAUUCAUUCAUGCAAACCAUUGAAACUACUGUCAUGAAUCAUGAUUUUUUGUGGAGGAUGAUCGGAGGGUAUCAUCCCCGAUCGACGUCAAUUUCGUUUCUUUUAAGCCACUUGCUUUGUCCCGGCCAUGUAUGUGUUUGAAUUUUGAAAUGGGAACUGUUGAGUGUGCAUUUUAUUGAUAAAAAUGUAUUGUGUUUUUUGUUUUAUUUUAUUUUGUAUCUUUUAUUUUUUUAAAAAAAUGUAUACUCUUGA